GAUCAAGAUGUAUAAACUUUAUGCCGUGCAAUUGUUUUUUUUAACCACAAAAUGUACUUCCACCGAAAGCAACAUAUACAGAAAAAAUGAAAAACACGUCAUUGAACACAUUCAAUCAUAAAGUAAACGCUGAUAAGUCAGAUAAGGGCUUUGAAUAAGUAGAACAUUAUUGACAUUAAAUUUCACCUUGUCCUUUUCAUGUAGGUUCUCUUUCCACACAUUCUUUAAAACGUGUAUUUAUGAUUUAAACAUAAUUCGGACACUUGAUACUACACUCCUUUCCUCCAAUGUCAGUAUUCUGAAUGAAUGUCUUUGUCUAUACAGAAAUGGAGCAAACAUCAGGAUUCUUCAGAAAGACGUCAAUGCAAGAUAUGGGUUUGGAUUUUCCUGGACGAAUAUAAUCUCAUUGUUUUCCCCUCCACCUUCAUUCAAUGAUGAACAUAACAACAUUCACUCUGAAUCUCUCCAGUCUGACUAAUGGGACAUAUGUUCCUGAUACUGGUCCGGUCACAUGGAGAAUGGCCAUGAUUACAUUUGUAACAGUCCCACUGUCUCUCAUCACCAUCAUGGGCAACAUCUUGGUCAUGAUCUCUUUCCGGGUCAACCCACUCCUGAGGACAGUAAGUAACUACUUCCUCUUAAGCUUGGCUGUGGCCGAUGUCAUUUUGGGCGCCGUUUCCAUGAACCUCUACACUACCUACAUCCUCAUUGGCCGAUGGACUUUAGGAAACCUGGCUUGUGACAUCUGGUUGGCGGUGGACUACGUGGCAAGCAACGCGUCCGUUAUGAACCUGCUGGCCAUCAGCGUUGACCGAUACCUCUCUGUUAUGAGACCUCUGACGUACCGGGCUACUAGAACGCCCAGAAGAGCCGCAGUGCUGAUCGCCCUGGCAUGGGGCGUUUCAUUUGUUCUUUGGGCACCAGCCAUUUUGUUCUGGCAGUAUAUCGUGGGUGAAAGGACUGUUCCGGAGGAUGAGUGCUCAGUGCAGUUCUUAUCUCAGCCCGUGAUCACUUUUGGAACAGCCAUCGCUGCCUUUUACCUGCCAGUGAGCGUCAUGGUAGCGUUGUACUGGCGGGUGUACCUUGAGACAGAGAAACGCUCCCAACAGCUGGCCGGGUUGAUAGCAUCACAGGGGAGAGACGCUGGAAACACAUCUCAGAGAUCUUGUACUGAUUCAAGCAGCAUUGUAGAUGUCAGACAGCAGACAGACCAGAGCCAGAACAGCAAGAAAACAAGAACCAUCUGUCCCACCGUCACCCACCGAACCGCAGCAUGGUGGAAGAAAAGAGAGAAGGUCAAGAUGGCCAACUCAGAAACAACACACAACCAUCCACAGAUACAUAUUUCUCAAAUACCAGAUGAAGAUGACGACAAAUACGUUCCACUCGUUCGAAUUGAUGAGACUUCAGUCCUUACUGUACAAGAUACAGACUGUCAAUCAGAGAGCCAGCAUUCACUUAAUUUACCUAUCAGGUCUGUAACCACAAGUAAUGGUACGUCCACACAACCCUGUUCUUCUCCACUAAACACAGGUCCACGCUGUGGGAAAACUCGAACCUCGUCUCUGAUCAGGGAGAAGAAAGCGGCCCGGACCCUCAGUGCCAUCCUUUUGGCUUUCAUUGUAACAUGGACACCUUAUAACAUCAUGGUUCUGGUUUCGACAUUUUGUGAUGACUGUGUUCCCGAGGGUCUGUGGCAGCUGGGUUACUGGCUGUGUUAUGUGAACAGCACAGUCAACCCUGUCUGCUACGCACUCUGCAACAGACACUUUCGGGUCACGUUCAAGGCCCUGCUGCUUUGUAGGUGGAAGGAGCAGAGGAAGGGAAUCAGAUGGACCCCAAAAGGAAACGGCUGAUUUAUACAAACAGCUGGUUUUUCCAAAGCAUUCAAUUGGGCAGUUCAGCGAUGAUUGACAUGUCGUGACUUCAGGAGAAUCACUCAUUUUAUUCAAGUGCAUGUGGAAUCUCCUAGAGAUGCAUCAAGUGUAUCCUAUGUUCAGCUUGUCUAAGCAUUAUGAAAUCAGAGUUUUCACAGGGAAGGUAGCAGUCAUCGGGUUUCUAGAGAUUUCUCGGCACAGCUGAGAAAUACAAAUUAAUUAUUUGUAUUUUACUGUGAUGCAAAUGUCAAUAAUAAGUUCUCAAAUGUAUGAGUCUUGUAUAGUGACAGCAGUGACAGCAUUAUGACAUUGCAUUUCAUUAAUUGUUGUGUAAUAACUCUUAACAGUUUUGGGUCACAUUUGAUAGUUGUGGUGCAGAAGAGAAUAUGUAGCAUGUUUAAAAAUUGUAAUGGCAGCAUACACAAAGACAGCAAAAAAGACAUUUUGUUUUUAGUGACAAUGCUAAAAAUAUGUGGGUACAUUAAGUUAUGACAUAUCUCUUGUUUUAAGCAUAGUCACUUUAGAUUUUUUCAGAAAACAUAACUUAAAUUCUUAGGUUAUUUUGCUUCUCAGCUAAAUGUGUCUUGAUUUUAAAAUCUUUAGAUAUUAGUACUGAAAAUAAGACAUUUUUGCACUAUGGAGCAUAAAUUAUAAUUGUCAUAUAACUGAUCAUCUUUUUCAUUAUCUUAAAACUUCAAAUUUGAUUGUGGACUCUAGAAUCUCUCUAUACAUAAACACUAUGAUUUGAAAAGCCAUGGAAAAAGUUAAAAGACCAUUUUCUGAAAUUUAAAUGUACUUUAUAAAAAAAUUCUGGUCCUUGAUUCUGAUUGGUUGAGUAGAGUUCAUACCGUUAUAAUAUAAUAUAUAAUACCCCAAUUUAUAACUGCUGACCGCAUUACAUGUCCUAAAUAAAUAUCACUUUAUUUUAUGAAACCUUCCUACGCAUAUGGAUUAACCGGUUUAUAAAAGCAAUAUGCCCGUGAAGCAGUAGGUUACAAGUGCAUUUUAUAACAGCUAGGGGGGUUUUAGGCACUCAGCUUUCAUUGUGCCACAAUACUGCUUCUUGCAGUGUGAUAAAGAUGAUCGUUCUAAUUCUAUGAACUACUAACAACAUUUUUACCAAAUUUCAAAUAAAACGAUUGUUUAAUUGCAUUUAUUUGCAUAAAAUAAAAACUUAACAAACCGGUCAAAAUAACAGAAGAGAUGCUCUUUAAAACAAGUUUAUAUUUGAAGAGUUUGGUACCACAAUUUUUGAAGAAUUUGAAAAACUGAGUUAUCUCAUUUUGGAAUCAAACUCUUCAUUUAAGCUAUACAACAUUAAUAUGUGUAUAUGUCUUUAAUAAAAGUUCACAGAUUAUUGCUUUUCAUGUGAUGACCUUGAUUUGAAUAUGUUUUCAUGUGUCUGACAUUCACAUUGGUGUUGGAUAACUUUGGUCCUGAGGUUUAAUCUUAUUGAAAUUUAACAAACACUGGACUACAAGGGCCACAAUACAUCUGAAAAUGUUGACUUGAAAUGAUAAGUUGGAGGGGUCUCUUAAAGGGGUCAAAUGACAUGGCUAAAACGAAUAUAAUCGUUUGUUUUAUAUGUAAUGCAAUGUGUAUACACGAUUUAAGGUUUAAAAACGCUGUAAAUUCCACAUACUGUGCAUGUUUGUUGCUCCUCUUUGCCCUGCCUCUAUGAAACGCAGAUUUUUUAGAAGGCUCAUCGCUCUGAAAAGCGAGGUGUGCUAUCAUUGGCCAGUUAACCAGUGCGUAGUGAUUGGUCGAAUACUGCAAGCGUGUGAUGGAAAUGUAAGGCCUCUUACCAUAUUUGGUACAUCAGGUUCCAAAGCAAUUGUACUGACAGGUAUGCCCACCUUACUUGCGUAUACAUUUGGGCAGCCUUUUUCAAAUCAUACCACCAACUGAUGUAGAUUUGUUGGGGUGCGGUUUCAAGAGGCAUUUCAGGCAGGUCUGGGCGAGCAUUCGCUUUUAGAUAGAAUCCACCUUUUUUUCCACACUUAAAUUUUUGCUAUUUUAUGUGUCUAAUACAUGCCUGGGCAACUGAUAACACACCAAUGACACAGAAAAACAUGUAUUCGCGCCAAAUGGCCCCUA